CGUUCUCUUUUCCUUUUCGUUGGAUCGACUAAAGUUGGGUGCUUGUUCUCUUUCGCGGAGCUAAGGCUGUAUCAGCGACUUGCACCAUUAUUAACAUUCAUCCAGUGUUAGUGUAAAACAUACAAACAGAAAAUAUGACUAACAAGGCUGAACUUGCUUGCGUUUACUCCACAUUAAUUCUUGUCGACGAUGACGUUACUGUAACUAGCGAAAAAAUUCAGACAAUCCUGAAAGCCGCCAACGUUGAUAUGGAAUCAUACUGGCCCGGUCUUUUUGCUAAAGCACUGGAAGGUGUAAACUUAAAAGAACUUGUUACGAAAGUUGGAUCAGGAGUUGGAGCUUCACCAACAGCAGCUCCAGCUGGUGCUGCUGCACCUGCUGCCGCUGAAGCUGCACCAGCUAAGGAAGAAAAGAAAAAGGAAGAACCUGAAGAAGAAUCAGACGAUGACAUGGGCUUUGGUCUGUUUGACUAAAUCCAAGGAUCGCUAUUUGUUGGUCCAUACAUUUUUUGUACAGUUAUAUUGUACAAUGAAUAAAAUAUUUUUAAAUUGAA